AUGUAUCUGACAGGGCAGCAUGAUAUUGUACCCGGAGAUAGGGCACUGAAAGAAGGAAUCACUCAUGUCAUUCUCGCGUUUAUGCGCUCCGAGACGUUCAAUGUUGAGCCGCCCCUGGUCAGCUAUCCGCUUUUCACCACUGUGCAUGAGGUUCGCCUGAGCUUUCCGUCUAGCACAAAAGUGUUGGUUGCCAUAGGAGGCUGGGGCAACUCAGCGGGUUUCGAAGAAGCCGCGCAAGAUGCUGCCAGUCGAAGUCGCUGGGCCAAGAACGUGAAGCGAAUGGUAGAGACGACUGGGGCGGACGGCAUCGACGUAGAUUGGGAAUAUCCUGGCGGCAAUCGUGAUGAUUAUAAGAUCAUCCCCAAUGAUCAGCGCGAGUGGGAAAUCGACGCAUAUCAUCUGCUUCUGCAGGCCCUUCGCGAGACAUUGGGCAGUGACAAAAUCCUUUCGAUUGCCGUUCCAGGACUGGAGCGCGAUUUAAUGGCAUUCACGAGCGACACGGUGCCAAAAAUUGUGGACGUGAUCGAUUUUAUCAACAUUAUGACGUAUGAUCUUAUCAAUCGUCGAGAUGCGGUGGUGCGACAUCACAGCGGCAUAUCUGACUCGAGGGCAUCCGUGCAACGAUAUAUCGACCGGGGUGUCCCAAGGCACAUGGUUAAUUUAGGACUGGGCUAUUAUGUGAAAUGGGUCAUGACGAAAGACUGUAGGACAGAUGAUGUUCUGGGAUGCCCAACGCAACUACUCGAAAAUCCGGAGACUGGCGACGACCUGGGCAAGAUAGGCGCCUUCAGCUGGCACGACACGGUACCUGACGAGCUGAGCGAAUCAUUCUCGAAGGCCUCGGAUUAUGGCCAGUACUUCGAGGACGGUAGCUACGGAUAUUGGGAUCAGCAUGCAGCAUUGCUGGUGGACAUUUGA